GGGGAUGGAGUAGCGGCGCGCUGACGUAAUACGCACGGUCUGGCUGGCUGGAGGAAGCUGCAGGUUAAUGAAGCUGCUCGCUGGCAGCAUUAUUCAGGAACCUGGGGUUUUAGCGAUGCUGAUUUAUAACCAGAUGCUGUAUAAAACAGCAAUCUAAAUCGAGGCUUGCUGUUUCUCUUCUAUGCAGCAGGAGGAUCGUGGUAAUGUGUAUGUUCUGUGAGAUGUGCAGACAGACUAAAUGUUUCCUGGCUGCUGACACAGUGCUUUGGAGCCAAGAUGCCAUCCUUGCCUGUCAAUUAAAAAAAUUACUAACCCUGCAUGGUGUGGGUGCCUUUGCAAAAGUCGAGAACUGACAGCAUUGCCUUGUUACAACAAACUAACCAGAAGCUUGGGAACAUGUUCAUAGAGUGGUUCACAGACUGGGACCUGACACUGGACCAAAUGAAAAGCUUAGUUCUAGCGAGCUUGCAGGCUCUGAGAGACUGCGAUGUGACUGCAGUGACCACCUUUGCCUGCAUCCUGGCACUUUUUGUGUGGUACUGUUACCAUGUAGGCAGUGAGCAGCCUCGCAGCUAUGCACCAGUGAAUGCCAUGAUGCAGAGCACCGAUGUAAAUGGUUUGCAAAAUGGUUACAUGUACUGCCAGUCUGUCGAUUGCGUAAGGUGCACUCAUAAUGAGGGACGCAGUCAGAAGCUUUAUCACAAUCUGCAGGAAUAUGCGAAGCACUACUCGUGGUCAGGAAUGGGACGGAUCCAUAAAGGAAUCCGGGAACAGAGCCGGUAUUUGAACAACAGGCCAUCCAUUCAAAAACCGGAAGUUUUCUUCCUACCUGACUUGCCGACAACCCCUUACUUUUCACGUGAUGCCCAGAAGCACGAUGUAGAGCUGCUGGAACGGAACUACCAAGCUAUCCUGGCUGAGUUUGAACUGAUCUUCAAGGCAUUCUCGAACUGCAGCCUUCCACAGGGAUGGAAGGUUAACAGCACCCCCAGAGGCGAAUGGUUCACCUUCUAUCUGGUUAACCAGGGCAUCUGCAUUUCCAAUAAUUGCAGAAGGUGCCCUCGGACGUACCGGUUGCUCGGCAGUCUUCGCACUUUCAUCAGUAACAAUGUCUUUGGGAAUGCCUGCUUCUCCGUAAUGAGCCCAGAAACACUCAUUACUGAACACUAUGGUCCCACAAAUGUUCGGAUCCGCUGCCAUUUAGGUUUGAAGGUUCCCAGCAGUUGUGAACUGGUUGUAGGGGGAGAGCCACAAUGCUGGGCAGAAGGGCGCUGUUUGCUGUUUGAUGAUUCCUUCUUACACACAGCAUUCCAUGGAGGUCCAAGUGAAGAAGGUCCACGGGUUGUAUUCAUGAUUGAUUUGUGGCACCCUAACGUUGCUGCUACCGAGCGGCAGGCUCUAGAUUUCAUCUUUUCUCCAGGCCGCUGACUCCUCUUGAUCCUCUUUUAUUUUAUUUCUGGAGUGGCCAAUCUUAGAAGGAGUGGAAUUAACGGAACAAGACCUCUUGGAUCAUCAGAUGUGCUGUCCAACUUUCAUUCAUCAAAAAGGAAUAAGUGGACACACUAAGGAAAAUAUAAGCUUUAUUUGCUGAAAAUGCACGCAAUGCCGUGUUAAUGGUUGGAUGGAGAAAAGAGUCCAAGAUUUAUUUAUUUAUCUGUUGCUUCUGAUGUUUUUUUUGAUAGAAUAGGUCAGUCUCAACUUCCUAUCCACCUCACCGGGUAGUGGGAUUGACCGUUGCUGGUUACCUGAUUUUUCUUUAGCUACGCUACAGUCAGUGAGAUGAUUUUUUCUGUCAAUUGCCUUGGGCUGUAAAAUAUUCCAGUUGAAGCCAUCUCUUCUGCGAGAGCUAGUCCAGUUGAGACACUGUGAACGUUUUCUAGACCACUACAUCUGGUAAUCAAAGUUCAUAUUUUCGGGGGGCAGGGGAGCGUGGGUGGGGGGAUAUUGGUAGCGUUCCCACAAUUUUCCAAAGGAACACUUGGGAACAGGUUUCCAUGUAUAGGUGACUGGAGCUGUAUCUCCAUUGAGCAUGUUUUUAUAAAAAUAUGUUCCGCCUGGGCAAAGUUUCAGGAUCAGUUUGUGAUUUUUCACAGAUUGCUUAUUGACUCACUUGUGUAUUUCAGGGGUUUUAAUGUACUUUGCAGUGGAAUCAAAAUCAAAUUUCACUUAAGAUAUAUUCACUUAAAAGGAAUUGUUUUUCAGAAAAAAAGGAAAUGGAUAGGGUUAAAAGGAAAGUUACAAACACAAUCUGCUGUGUUGUCAUCAGGGAAAAUGAGACAAUGGCUUGGCCAUACAGCGCAUAUUAGAGAUAGACUGACAUUGGAAAGUUAUGCUGUGAUUAUUAUUAUUUUUGGAAUGCAAAAUCUGCAUAAUAAAUAAGGUAUAUCUCACAGUCCCAUAUAAUGGGAAUGAAUGGGAAAUUAUUUGAUCCAUUGGAUAUCCAUAUAAUGGGAGUGAAUGAGAAGUUAUCUUUGCUGGAUUUCACUAUUAACAGGUUUACAUUUAUUUUUAAUCUCAUGGAUCAAUACAAUAAAAAAAAACUCUUACUUGAAUCUAAAGGUAUUUAACUUCGGGUCAUUAUUUUUAAUUCUUUUAUCAAUGUACUUUGAGAUUAAAUCUGUGGAACUAUAUUUCAUUCUUCUUGUGUUUAUCAAAGUGGUAGAUUGAUGAACAAAACUUGAAGAUUUUGUCUCCUUUUUCUGCACAGUGUCUGAAGCACUUUUGGACUCAGGUGCAGCAUUGUGCAGCACAGGAUUAAGUAUAAGCUUCACAAUGCUAGAAUAAUGCACAUGAGCCCCACCCAAGAAGAAAAGAAGGAAGCUACCAGUUGCUUUCCUUCAUUUCUUUCCCCCAUCCAUCCUUCAUGUAUUACGUAAAUAGUUGUGGUAUGGUCUCUCCCAAUUAACUCCAAAUAGGGUUGUCCCAUCAAAUGCUAAGGAGUCAACUACUGUUCUGAAAUUUUCACAGUUCAGUACUGUGGGUUUGUGUUGACUGAGACAGUCUGAACUGAUCAUUUAGAACCUAAGUGUCCAACAGAGAGAGAGGCUACCAACCUGCAUAAGUUGUGUUCAAGCCUAGGUUCGUUGUAUCAUUGUGUACUUGAUUUGUGUCUACUAAGAUUGUAAAUGUGGUAUAGUGUCAUUUAUGUUUGUGCCACCUGUGGAUUAGUGUUAUGUGAAUUUAAUGAUAACACAAUCCCACAGGAUUCAGUCGAACAUCCACGCUCUUCGUGAUGCAAUGUUAUGCUUGCCUACUACUGUGAGUCUCCAUUGGAUGGACUGUAUUUUCAUAGGCACGUUUACCUCUGUUGGCCUGGUAAUUUUGGUUGCACAACCUGGCCACUAGUUUCCCUCGAAUCUUGAGGUGAACUACUUCUAUCGAUGCACUUUACUAUAUAUAGCUAACAUGUGUUGCAUGUAUACAUGUGGAGUUGUGCUGGUGCAAGAUUUGGAGAAAUAAACCACAUGUUCUACUCUUGCUGAAUUUCUUUUCUGUAAAUUAAUGCCUACCUUAUUUAUCCCAAAAUGAAUAUGCCUGUGUCUCCCAUUUACUCAGGGUAGAAAUUUACACCUGUUUAGUUUUGUGGAGGUUGGCAGAGUAUCCACACUCUCGCUUAAGAAUCUCUGAUCCAAACACUUAAGCAACACACAUUAUUAGUUUCAGUUUGCUGGACAAGUGCCCUGUUUGUUUCAUUAUGAGCAUGCCCAUCUGUCUAAAGCCAAAUAACCUAAAUUCAGCUGUCUGCAGCUAAACCUAUGUUGGAUUUAGUUAGUGAAAUCCUCCCAGCUAUCCUUUACAAGCGUAUUUCCCGCUGCUUGUUUCCAAUCACACUAACCAUUGAUUCAUUGCACAAUAGGGUUAUUUGAAGCUUCAAGAGAAGUUCUCUAGAUCUCACCAAUUAUUCUCAUCCUCCAGAAUUUCAUCAGUAAGCUUUAUAGCUGAAACUCCCUGGUUCACUUCUAAGUUUGCCAACCAUUACUAUAGGGGAUUUUUAAACCCAAAAGAAACAGACAGGUUUGGAUCAGUUCUGGAGAUUGCCAACUGUCCUAAAAGUCAAAGUCCUGACUUAAAACCACUCUAACUCUGGUUUUAAAUGCAGCUAAUAGAUGUGUAGAUUACCAAGCCAUUCCAAGGAGGCAGAUUGCCACUUGAAAUUGGAUAAUGAAGCUGUGAAACACAGAAAAUGUUGGAAAAGCAGCCCAUUCCUCAGGAUUCAAAAUAGAAUGAAUGAUUCAGUUGUUUCAGAGUUGUCUGUUGUAUUUAAGGUUUUUACCUGAAACAUUAAUCUUUUGUUCACUUUUCAAGCACUGAGGAAUCUGCAGUGCUUUUCCAUCAUUUUUGUCUCCACUUGAGGCUUCUGAAUUUGUGGUUGCAUUUUUAUAUCUGAAGAAUUAAACUUUUCUGCUGAGAGUUAAAACAGUGGUCCUUGUGAAAUAUUUAUAUAAUGCUCAUCACAUUUUGUGGGAGGGAAGGGAUAAUUUUAAAAUAUUUUAAUGAUUUGGGAUACUUCAAAGCCAACCAGUAGUCAAUAGAAAAUAUGACUAAAACACAUGGUCUGAUGAUAAUCCCAUUACUAUUCAUGCUGAAAUUAUGUGCAGUUCGCUGCCUAGAUUUCGAGAAAGGGGAUUGAGGGGCAGGGUACUUGACAUCAUGGUAAAGGUAGUCAGGAGUUCAUGCUGAUCUGAUUAAGAUCAUUGAAUAUCUUUAAAUUCCAGCUUUGUGAAAAUUUCACCUUUAGUCUGUUCCAAAAUAAGAAACUUAAUAAUUCUAUUGCAGUUGUGGGGUUUGCUGCAUUAACUGAGACACACCAGAAUAUUUCAGUAUGGUAUAUCAGGUGCCUGAAUAUU